UCAGGAUCACGUGUAGGAAGAGAAUUGCCUGAACAUUUAUUGUUGCUGCAAUGGAGCUGGGACUCACAGGGACAUUACUUCUCGUCUCCUUUAUAACUCUACUGUUUUACCUUGUGAUAUGGAGAGGCAAAAAGAAACAAGGGAACCUGCCCCCGGGACCCACACCACUUCCCUUGUUGGGCAAUAUUUUGGAUCUUAACCCUUCAGAAGCUCCUCGUUCUAUACUCCAGCUGAGUGAGAAGUACGGACCCGUGUUUACAUUCUAUACGUUUCGUCAGCCUGCCGUAAUAAUCAUCGGAUGCGAUACUAUAAGAGAAGUUCUUCAAGAGCACGGCGAUGCAUUAAGCGAAAGGGAGAGAGUAGGCCUGAUGAAUAUUCUGUUUAAAGACAGUGGUGCUCUGUUUGACCCAAUCCAUCUACUGGGACAGGCCGUGUCCAAUGUCAUCUGCUCUGUGGUUUUCGGUGAGAGAUUUGACUAUGAAGAUGAGAAAUUCAAAACCCUUCUAUCAAAUAUGAGAGAAAUCGCGAGACUGAUGAUUUCAAGGACCGGGCAGAUGCUUCAAAUGUUCCCAAAUGUGCUCAGACACAUCCCUGGUCCACACCUCAGAAUUUUUACCAUAUUUGACAAACUGCGACAGUUUGUGAAGGACAUGGUGCAAUCUCAUCGAGAGACGCUGGACACAAACUGCCCACGUGACUUCAUAGACAGCUUCCUGAUAAGGAUGGAGGAGGAAAAAAAUAAUCACAAUACAGAAUUUCAUGAGGAAAAUUUACUGGGAACGAUUAGAGAUUUGUUCUUUGCUGGGACAGAUACUUCAAGCUUGACUCUGCGAUAUGGAUUCCUAAUUCUUCUCAAGUAUCCAGAGAUACAAGAGAAAAUCCACCGGGAGAUUGAUAAUAUAAUAGGUCUAAAUCGAUGCCCAUCAAUGGAAGACAGGAGUAAGAUGCCGUACACUGAUGCUGUAAUUCAUGAAAUUCAACGAUUUGCUGACAUUAUCCCUGCUGGGCUACCCUUUGCAGUCACCAAAGACAUAACCUUCAGGGGAUACAAUAUUCAGAAGGGCACUGUGGUUUUGCUAUUUCUAACCUCUGCUCUGAAGGAUCCCAAAUACUUUAAAAACCCUCUACAAUUCGACCCUGGUCAUUUUCUGGAUGAGAAUGGCUGCUUUAAGAAGAACGAUGCCUUCAUGCCAUUCUCUGCAGGUAAACGUGCGUGUGUUGGGGAGGGGUUGGCCCGCAUGGAGCUUUUCCUCUUUUUCACAACCAUCUUGCAAAAUUUCAUCCUUAAACCAACAGUGGAUAAAGAAGACAUUGAAAUCACUCCUGAGCCAAACACUAAUGGUACAAGACCUCGUGCUUACCAAAUGUAUGCUGUCCCUCGUUCUGAAUCCUAAAUGACAUCCUCAAACACCAUAGCGACUCCCAAUUAAUUCUCUGUCUCCAUGUUAAUGAAAAACAAAUACAAUGUGACACUAGACUAAGAAGAGUUAUCUUUUGUCCCACGUGUGCAUGUUAUACUUCCUGUAAUGUCGGUUAACCACCAGCUUUUCUGUUAUUGUGACACAACUGUGGAAGCUGUUUGUUCUCUUUGAAAAAUAAACAAUAAUUCUGGGGGAUAGUCCUUGGGAACAGCUGGGUAUUGUCAAAACCCAUUCUAAUGAUAAUUCCUCAUACAUAAUAAAUAGGACUUGUAUCUCCAACCACUGAAAGCUCUGAUUGACACCUUAUGACAUUUUAACAGACAGUGGGUAAAUUCAGGCAAAAUCUGAUUUAAUUUCAACACCAAUGAUGGUCAACAAUAUUUGGAUCAAAAUAAACCUU